AGCGUGGCGCCGACGCUGCGUGCGGCGCGGGUUACCCAGAGUGCUCAGCGCGGGGGCAGCUCACUGGAGUUUGGUUCUCGAGGCGGCGGCGGUGGUGGCGGAGGCUCCUCCGUCGGCUCCUCCUCCUCCUCGCUCGGCGGUGGCGGCGGCGGUCCGGGGCCUGAGCUCCGGUCCCCUCCGCUUCCCUCCGUUCUCCGCCAUCUCCCCGAGCGCCUCGACCUCCUCCGGCGCCGCGGGGAACAUGCGGCUCCGUUCCCGGAGGCCGGCGAGUGACUGACCCGCGUCCCCCCUCCUCAGCCUGCCCGCCCGCCGGCCCGGCCGCUCCCCCCCGCUUCGCCCAGGCAAUGACAGCGGCUCCGGCGUCUCCGCAGCAGAUGAGGGACCGGCUGCUACAGGCCAUCGACUCCCAGAGCAACAUCCGGAACAUGGUGGCAGUGUUGGAAGUGAUCUCCAGUCUGGAGAGAUACCCCAUCACCAAAGAGGCACUGGAGGAGACGCGACUAGGGAAGCUCAUCAAUGACGUCCGCAAGAAAACCAAGAAUGAGGAGCUGGCUAAGCGAGCCAAAAGGCUGCUGCGGAGCUGGCAGAAGCUCAUCGAGCCUGUACAUCAGAACGAAGUGGCACUACGAGCACUGGCGGGGGCUGCGGGCUCUGCCAAUGGGGGUGCACACAACUGCCGGCCAGAGCUGGGAGUGGCUGGCGCACCCAAGAGCAUCCAUGACCUGAAGAAUCGCAAUGACAUCCACAGGCUCCCUGGGCAGCGGCUAGAUAAGUUGGGCAGCCGUAAGCGCAGAGGGGACCAGCGUGACCUGGGCCACCCAGGGCCACCCCACAAAGUUUCCAAAGGCAGUCCUGACCCCCUGGUCCUGAAUGCAUCCCCUCUCCCCACCAAUGGGAUCAGCGGGAGCCCAGACAGCUUACCCAGCCCCCUUGAUGGCAGUGGACACUUGGGCCCUGAUGGCAGCCGCCUGGAGCCCAGUGAGAACGAGAAGCACAGCACCAAGAUCCCCGUGAACGCCGUGCGGCCGCGCCCCAGCUCCCCUGGCUUGGGCAAGCCCCCUGUUCCCUGCCUGCAGAAAGCUGCACAGCUGCAGCAAUUGGACAGGGCGGAUGAGUCCCCAGGCCUUCCCUAUCCCAGGGGGUCUUCUCGCUGCUCCUUCAGCCCCCGGAACUCACGGCAUGAAGGCUCCUUUGCCCGGCAUCGGAGCUCAUACAUACCCAAGGGCCCGAUGUCCAGCCCCUCCUCACGGCCCCAGCCACUGGACACUACGCAGGUACCAUCCCCACUCCCACUGGCCCAGCCACCCACGCCCCCUGUACGCCGGCUGGAGCUACUGCCUAAUGCUGAGAGCCCUGUGCACUGGCCAGAGCAGCCCGAGAGCCACCCGCGGCUAAUGGGGCCAGCCUGCAGGGCUGGAUUAUCUCCAGAUUCCUCCAAGGCGGACAGUGAUGCUGCCUCUUCGGGUGGCUCGGACAGCAAAAAGAAAAAGAGGUACCGACCUCGAGACUACACAGUGAACUUGGACGGGCAGGUGGCUGAGGCCGGCGUCAAGCCUGUGCGGUUAAAAGAGCGGAAGCUCACCUUUGACCCCAUGACAAGACAAAUCAGGCCUCUGACCCAGAAAGAGCCGGUGCGGGCUGACAGCCCAGUACCCACAGAGCAGCUGCCUAGGACAGAGCUGGAGCAGCAGGAGCCCAAGGCCAGCCUCCAGAGCCCCUUUGAGCAGACGAACUGGAAGGAGCUGUCGCGUAAUGAGAUCAUACAGUCCUACCUGAGCCGCCAGAGCAGCCUGCUGUCAUCCUCAGGUGCACAGACCCCAGGUGCGCACCACUUUAUGGCUGAGUACCUGAAGCAGGAGGAGAGCAGUCGGCAAGGGGCCCGGCAGCCCCAUGUGCUGCUGCCGCUGCCCACGCCCACUGACCUACCAGGGCUCACACGGGAGGUCACACAGGAUGAUCUGGACAGAAUCCAGGCCCAGCAGUGGCCGGGGGUUAAUGGGUGUGAAGACACACAGGGUAAUUGGUAUGACUGGACGCAGUGUAUAUCGCUCGAUCCUCAUGGCGACGAUGGGCGCUUGAACAUUCUGCCUUAUGUCUGCUUGGACUGAGCACCUGACCUGGCCAUCAUGUGCAUUCCCACCUCGCAAGGGUUAGGCUGGCCAGCCGGGAAGGUGAGCAUGAAGCUCGCUCUCCACCCUCCUUUUGUGAAAUGCUGCUACCAGUUUACUAACAAUUGCAAAGGAAGGGCCGCUCGGGGGAGGGGCGGAUAGAUGGCUGAGAGAGUCUAAAACUCUACAGUAAGCCAGCUAUAAAGCGUUAGUCCCCAAUCCCAGAAGAGGUGCAGAGCCACUCUAAGCACCGAAGGCAGGGACCUCAGUGGCAGGCAGGUACCCUGUGGAAGAGGUUACCUUAACAGCAACAGACGCACAUCUCUUUGUCUACAUCUCUUGCUCUUUGGUCCUGGUGUCUCUGAGGCACAGGCCACUCUCGAGCCAGUGGUUUUUUGGUUUUUUGUUUUGUCCCCCUCGUGUUGUGCGCUGAAAGCUUCUCUGCUGUGGUGAACCCUGUCGUUGUGUGAGUGGGCCAGCCUCACCCACACUUCACAGUCAUCUGCCCAUUUGUAUAUGGUUUCAGUUCAGUCCCAGUUCUUAAAGAAAUGCUGCAGAAACUUCAGUUUUCUCGUUUAUUUCAUCCUCUUUUUCCCCUACCACCAGCCAAAUGACUUUUCCUUCCCUUCUUUCCUUUUCUGCACAACUCUAGAAAAUGCCAUCUUUCUAGAGUCUUUAACCCCACAAAGUUCCCGAGGGUGCUACUGGUGUGAGUCGCCCUACUGGGCUAGGGGAGAGCCGUCUGUUCGCUGGAAACACUCAUAACCAUUCCUUUAGAUUCGUUUGCCUUAUGGUUGUCAUAAACGCGAUUUGCAAAAACAAGGAGCCUUAGUGAAUGUACAGUACCUAGACUUCUGUGUUCGCGCAGAAGGGAGCAACUUUGCUAUUUGGUCCAGUAAGUGGACAACUUGUGAUAUAAAUGUGGAAAUAAAAAAAAAUAUUUGCACAAA